GGCGGCCUGCUCGCCUGGAGCUCGCUGGGCGCCGAGGAGGGCGGCGCGGCGGCCCUGGCCCGGCGCGGGGAGCGCCUGCGGCUGCGCUUCGUCGAGGUGCCCUGCUCCGCCGACUACGAGCGCCAGCGGCGGCACGAAGGCUGUACCCCGAGGAAGUGCGGGAGAGGAGUAACCGAUGCAGUGAUCACUCGGGAGGAAGCUGAAAGAAUCCGUAGGAUAGCGGAGAGAGGCCUCUCCCUGGGAGGAUCUGAUGGAGGGGCUUCUAUUUUGGAUUUACACUCUGGAGCUCUUUCCCUGGGCAAGCAUUUUGUCAACCUGUACAGGUACUUUGGGGACAAAAUUCAAGACAUCUUCACAGAAGAGGAUUUUGCAUUGUAUCGGGACGUGAGGCAGCGAAUUCAGCAGAGAGUUGCCCAGGCCUUUGGGAUCAGCCCCUCCGCGCUCUACCUGACCAAGCCGACCUUCUUCUCCAGGAUAAACAGCACGGAAGCCAAGACGACGCACGAUGAGUACUGGCACCCGCACGUCGACAAGGUAACGUAUGGCUCCUUUGACUAUACGUCCUUGCUUUAUCUCUCUGACUACGCCGAAGACUUUGGCGGCGGACGGUUUGUGUUUAUGGACACAGAUUCCAACAAGACCGUGGAGCCCCAAGCAGGCCGGGUUUCCUUCUUCACCUCUGGCUCGGAGAAUCUUCAUCGGGUGGAGAAGGUCCGCUGGGGCACUCGCUAUGCCAUCACCAUCUCCUUCACCUGCAACCCCGACCACAGCAUUGGGGACCCAGUCUUGGCGUAAUUCAUCCUGGGAUGGAGCACGAGGUCAAAUGGAAUGAGAGAAGCCCUGCAGGGGAAGAGGAAAACACGUACAGAACAUUUUUGUGUAAACUCCAAUUUAAAUUUCCCAACUGGGUUAGUAUUUUGUAAUACAUUUCAUGUUCACCGUGUCGUUUCCGUAAGUGUUGCGAACAGUGCCUUAAGGACCAACUUAAAUUUGGGAUAUUCUGUCAAGGGUUUGCCUUCAUUCUCUAAGAAGAUAGUUGCAAACCAAGAGGAGUCCUGGGGUGCUCUCUUUCUAUUCUUUUAAUUCUUUCAUUUAAAAGAUGCAAGCCACCUUUUGGACUACAUCCUGCCAUAACUCCCUGUGUUGUUAAACUCUGUUCAUCUCUUCCAUUACUAACGAGCUCUAGAAGGUUUCACCAAAGUUAAUACAGCAAUGAGUGUUAUUUUGCUGAAUGUAUUUUUAUUGAUAGAGGAAUGUGUUCUCCCCGGCACGGGCACUAUUUGGCACUACACCUUUGGGUUGACUACUGGAACUUACUUGAACUGUGGAGUUUUUUUAAUUUUAUUUUUUAUUUUUUUAAAGUAAACUGUAAUAAGGUGGAGAACUCCAUGCAAUAGCUAAGAGGUCUUUGUGGCAACGGCUUAAGCACGCAAGCCUGUCCUUGGGGCAAAUACAAAAGGGAGAGAUGGACAGAGGCAGUCAGGCAGUCUCCUGCAUUCAUGUGAGCAAGUAAUUCCCAGUUAGGGCAGCAGGACUUGGGAGAGGACAGAGCUGAGUAGAAUGCUAAUUCCUUCAGGUUUUCCAUGAGCUACAUCUGAUCUCCUUAGACUUGAUCCAGACUUGCUGUUUGGAAGGCUGGGAUAGAAACCACCAGUGAAGGAGACUGUGAAAUGUCCUCACAUAUUUUAAAUGGAAAUGGUCACGGGUAGGAGCUGUCAUACAUCCAUACCUGGCUCAGAAACAGAGGAUUUUCUUUUUGAAGAUGAUGAAAUACUUUGGAAACAUCUGUUUAAUGGGCCUAAACUUAAGACUAAAUUAAAGGAAGCUUUGCGUUUUAGUAAUAGUUCCCACAGUUACAAAUCUCAUGGCGUAAAAUACUGUGUUUGUCUUGUCCAGAGCAAUGUUUUCUCGGUUUCAAAAAGUUUCUCAAUAAGUCUUUUUGGACUUUUGUUUAAUAUAAAGACUUUUUCUAUUAACUGUGAUCACUGGUCUGUGGUGUUAAUCGCAUAACAAAUUCUGGGAGCUUCAGGGAUUCAUUGUAAUACAGAUGGAGUAAUAAAACAAAUGUGUAAUCUUGUGAACUAUCUUUUUUGUUAUUAUAACCAAAGGUGUUUGCAAAUUAGCAGAUUAGUUUUUUCCUACCAUUUACUAAUUAAUUUUUUCCUCAAUUUUUGAGGCAAACUUGUUGAUUGUUUACUAAUACCCCUAAAAUUCCUGCAAAAUUCUUCAAAAAAUCUGGGAAUAGGGUAAGGUUUUUUUUCUUUUAAUCUACCUUUCAGUGCGUGAGAAAUACUAGAUACCGGAGCAUUACAUUGAAGAUCAGGAUAAAGAGGAACAGCGACUGAACACUUGCAUCUGUUCUAUGGGUGGUAUUCCCAUAAGGCACAAAAGCAAGAUGAGUUUUC